AUGCCGACUGUACAAUGGGUCCAACUGGAGGCUCGCACUCAAAUCGUCUGCGGUCUCAUUUCCGCCCUAACCAACGCCUUUCUCAUGUACUUGAUUGUGUCGAAAUCGCCACCAAAGCUCGGAGGAUACAAGUGGCUCAUGCUCUACACCACCGUUUUCGAGUUCUUCUACGCGUUCGUCAACUUGCUCGCCGGACCGGUAUGUGCCUGCCCAGCAAGCUGAACGUUGAUGUGGUUUUCAGACGGUUCACACCUAUGAAUCGGCGUUCACAGUGCUUCAGGAUAUGCGAAACUUUUACUUCGAUCAUAGCGCUGCCGAAUUUCUAGUUUGUGAGUUAAUUAUCAGGCCAACGCCCAAUAAUUCUAUUGUCGAUUCCCUAGACACGUACUGCUCGUGCUUCGGCUUCUCCAUGGCCAUCUUCGGAGGUCAUUUCAUCUAUCGCUACGGCGCCAUUAACGUGUAUAAAUGAACACACGAUCACUAUCCUUUUCCACAUUCCACAAAACCUUUCAGCAACUUCCAUCAGCGAUACUUGUCGGGCGCCGGCCAACUACUCCUCUACAUUUUCCCCUUCUUUUAUGGUAUCCUGUGGGGAGUAAUUUGUUGGCUGUGCUAUGGUGAGACUCCCGAGAGGAGCAGUUAUUUGAGGUGGGGAGUGUGUGGGCGCUUCGGCACGACGUCACAGUUUCAGGGAGACGGUCAAGGAGAACUAUCGUCUGGAGAUUGAAGAGUGUGCGUAUAUCAGCGCGCAUUUCUGGCCUCUGGACACCGAAGGGACAAUGUACCCAGACCCGAGCUCGUUCUUCGGCGUCUCUCUAAUGUGGAUCAUUCUUGUGAGCUUCCUCACAGCUCCAACGCUCAAAAUAUCUUCAGGGCACCUCGUUAUUCAGUGUGAUCUCGUUCGGCUUCCGCUGCUAUCGCUGGAUAACCGAGAAACUCGAGUCGACGAACACCCAAUCGGAGCUCAUGAGAUCCCUCCAAACACAGCUCUUCUACGCGCUCCUCGUCCAAUCCGCCAUCCCGAUCGUUCUGAUGUACAUGCCAGCCGCAAUGGUUUUUGUGUUCCCCAUGCUCAACAUCGAGCUGGGGCUCAAAAACCCGUUCAUCGGGAUCACUAUUGCCAUCUACCCGGCCAUCGAUCCACUUCCGACCAUCCUCAUCAUCAAGAGCUAUCGUCGUGGAUGUUCGGAGGUGCUCAGAAGUGUGAUGUGUCGGAGCAGGCAUCGCAUAUCCGAUAGUUCCACUCAUUCAAAUGUGCUGUCUAGUCUCAACAACAAACAUUGA